GCUAGAGAGACAGACCGAGAGGGAGAGCAGCAGAGAAACAGCGUCAAAAUCCAUCCCGCUCGCCGGAAUUGCUCGUUGUCUUCGUCAGAGAUCCACCCGCCGGUCGCUGUUCGCCGUUCGCCAUCACAGUGACAACCCGAACCAGCUCAAAACAGGAGGAGAGAUCAGAGAGAGAGAGAGAGAGAGAUAGAGAGAGUGAAGCAUGAAGGCUCUGAGCACUACGGAGUUGUUCUGCAGGGGCUUGCCGGUGCUGUUUGUAGAGCAUUUAGGAGUGAGGAAGGUGGUCUUGAACCGGCCUUCCAAGUUGAACUACCUCACGGUCGAAAUGACUUCCCAAAUGUUUAGGAAGUUGCAAAUCUACGAGGACGAUCAUACCGUCAACCUUGUUAUUUUGAAGGGAAACGGGAAAGCAUUUUGUUCGGGUGGUGAUGUUAUUGGAACUAUGUGCUACAUAUUAACAAGACAUUGGAGCUUCGGAGCAAUGGGUUACAAGAAACUGCUCACCGUGGUUUACUUGAUAGCUACAUAUAAAAAGCCUUUGGUAUGCCUCAUCAACGGAGUUGUGAUGGGUGGUGGAGCCGGAAUCUCCAUGCUUGGGAGCUUUCGAGUCGUGACAGAGAAUACGGUAUUUGCAAUGCCUGAAGCAUCAAUAGGACUUUUUCCGGAUGUGAGUGCAUCUCAUUUCCUAUCCAAGCUUCCUGGUUACUUUGGUGAAUAUCUAGGGUUAACGGGAGUAUGUCUAGAUGGAGCAAAGGCUAGUCCAAUGCUUGCAUGUGGCCUUGCAACUCAUUUUGUCUUUUCAAAGGAUCUUCCUCUCUUAGAGCAUGCUCUCUCUUCGGUGGAUUCAUCAAAUGCAUCAGAAAUUUUAUCUGUCAUCCACAAAUUUCUAGUCAGAAAAAUUCAAAGCAGUCUUCAUUGUUGGAAUAGAUUGAAGAGUAUAAACAAAUGCUUCUCAAGACAAACUGUGGAGGGCAUAUUGCAUUCUCUUUAUUAUUGCACGGUGCAGGAAAAUGAGUUGCUGGAGAACUUGGCAGAGAAAUGGAUCGCUGAUGCAGUGACCAACAUAAAGUUUACGAGUCCGACCAGCCUAAAGAUUUUUCUGAGAUCGAUAAGAGAAGGACGUGGUCAGACGAUUGAACAAUGUCUAGUUCGUGAGUACACCAUCUUCAGCAACAUUGCCCGGAGGAAGAUCACCAAUGACUUCUACGAGGGUUCAAGGGCAAUUUUAUUCGAUAAAGACAAAAAGCCUAAGUGGGACCCACCAAAGUUAGAAUUGGUCCGAGCAGAGACGGUGGAUAUGCUAUUCAAAGCAUUGGAGGAUGAUGACGAUGGGAAUUGUCUGCAGCUUCCUGUACGGUCAUCCAACUUACUUGGCCACGUGAGAUCGAAGCUUUGA